CAUCGAGCUUUCCUAGCCAUCGACUCCUGUGUGGGAAUCACUUUGCGCACGUCUCCUUCUGAGAGAAACCUGCUUUAUUUGUACUUUUCCGAGAGACUCAGUAAAAGCGGCGGAGACCCCCGGAUCACGAAAUGUUGGGAUGGAAGGCGCAGACUUUGAUUCGCCGUCUCCAGCAGGAGUAUGAAGUCCGGGAAUCUGUAACCAUAUCGCAGUCCCCGCAACAUGGCCUCGGCCGCUAAUGCGCCGUCCGAGCAGGAAAACGGAGACUUAGAUCGGCCGAGAGUAACGCGGAGGAACCGGGGGAACUACUCCCGGAGCACACCGCUGGAUUUGGAGUAUUUGCAGCGGCCGAGUUACUGCGAUGCCGGCUUUGCUUUAGAGCAAAUAUCAGAGGGGAAGGCAACUGGGAGGAAAGCGCCCCUAUGGCUGAGAGCAAAGUUCCAGAGACUUUUAUUUAGGCUUGGCUGUUACAUACAAAAGAACUGCGGAAAGUUUUUGGUUGUGGGCCUCAUGAUUUUCGGAGCUUUCGCUGUGGGCUUGAGGGCUGCUAAUUUGGAGACGGAUGUGGAGAAACUCUGGGUAGAAGUUGGCGGACGUGUGAACCAGGAACUUAAGUACACACGGCAGAAGAUCGGUGAAGAGGCCAUGUUUAACCCUCAGCUGAUGAUCCAGACACCGCGGGAGGAAGGAGCAAACGUACUAACAGUGGAGGCGUUAGUGCAGCAUCUAGAGUCAGCUCUCCAAGCCAGCAGAGUUCAUGUUUACCUUUAUAACAGACAUUGGAAAUUAGAGCAUUUAUGCUACAAAUCAGGAGAAUUAGUCACAGAAAUUCCUUUUAUGGAUCAGAUCAUAGAAAAGCUACACCCCUGCCUCAUCAUCACCCCUUUGGACUGUUUCUGGGAAGGAGCCAAGCUCCAGUCUGGAAUGGUCUACCUCCCAGGUAAAGACCCUCUUCAGUGGACAAACUUUGACCCCAAGGAUUUUCUUGAAGACUUACGUAAGGCAAAUUUCCCUGUGGAAGCCUUUGAGGACAUGUUGGAAAAGGCAGACGUGGGGCACGGCUACAUGAAUAGACCCUGUUUGAACCCUGCUGACCCUAACUGCCCCAUCACAGCACCCAAUAAGAACUCUACCAAGUCAUUCGACGUUGCUCACUUGACUGGCGGUUGCUAUGGUCUGUCCAGGAAGUACAUGCACUGGCAAGAAGAACUGAUUGUAGGAGGGACCGUCAAGAAUGGCAGGGGACCCCUGCUCAGUGCCCAGGCCUUGCAGACCAUGUUCCAGCUAAUGACUCCCAAGCAGAUGUUUGAGCACUUUCGGGGCUAUGAAGAGGUUUCCCACAUCAUCUGGAAUGAAGAAAAGGCUGCAGCUAUACUGGAAGCCUGGCAGAGGAGAUACUCUGAGGCCGUGCUUCAGAGCGUGGCGACAAAUUCCUCCCAGAAAGUCUUGUCUUUCACCACAACCACCCUGGAAGAUAUCCUCAAGUCCUUCUCCGACAUCAGCGUCAUCCGUGUAGCCAGUGGUUACCUGCUGAUGCUGGCCUAUGCAUGUCUGACCAUGCUGCGUUGGGACUGUGCUAAGUCUCAGGGGGCUGUAGGACUGGCCGGCGUCCUGCUAGUAACACUGUCUUUGGCUGCUGGUCUGGGCCUCUGUUCUCUCCUUGGCAUCUCCUUCAAUGCUGCAACCACGCAGGUUCUGCCCUUCUUGGCCUUGGGAGUCGGAGUAGAUGAUGUCUUCCUUCUCGCUCAUGCCUUCAGUGAGACUGGACAAAACAAGCGGAUCCCGUUCGAGGAUCGUACAGGAGAGUGUCUGAAGAGGACCGGGGCCAGUGUGGCUCUUACCUCCAUCAGUAAUGUCACAGCAUUCUUCAUGGCAGCACUCAUCCCCAUCCCGGCGCUCAGAGCCUUUUCUUUACAGGCAGCAGUGGUGGUGGUGUUCAACUUUGCCAUGGUGCUGCUCAUCUUUCCUGCCAUCCUCAGCAUGGACCUGUACCGUCGUGAAGACAGACGCUUUGACAUUUUCUGCUGCUUCUACAGCCCUUGUGCCAAUCGUGUGAUCCAGAUUGAGCCUCAGGCCUACCUGGAUGGGACAGACAGGAGCCAUUACAGCCCUCCACCAUCUUAUCGCACCCCACCUCCUUCAUAUCACACACCACCUCCAAGCUAUAGCAGCCCUCCUCCCUCCUAUAGCAGCCACGGUUUUUCCCAGCAGACUGAAAUCACCAUGCAGUCCACGGUGCAGCUCAGGACAGAGUACGACCCCCUGACUCAGGCCUUCUACACCACAGCUGAGCCAAGGUCCCAAAUCUCUGUGCAACCAAUCAACCCGGCUCCAACCAGGAGCAACCCUAAUGACUAUUACAGUUCCAAUGGUAGCAGAAACAACAGCAGCAAUCUCAACAAUAACAACAGCGUUAACAGCAGAGGCAAUGGUGAGUCGCAGAGUUCGGCCAACUUCCCCCAACACCAUCCCACAACUCCUUCCGCAACUCCAACUUCAGCAGUUUGCCCAGUUUCUCAGGGUGAUCCAGCCUCAUCAGCAAGUCAGAAUCCUGAGAGCAGCAGCUCCACAAGGAACCUUCUGUCCCAGUUUGGAGAAGCCUCCCUUGAUUUACACUGCUUAGAGCCUCCCUGCUCUCGCUGGACCCUGGCUUCCUUUGCUGAGAAACACUAUGCCCCUUUUCUCCUGCAGCCCACCACCAAGGUGGUUGUAAUUGUGUUGUUCCUCUGCCUGCUGGGAGUCAGUUUAUACGGGACCACCCAGGUAAGGGAUGGCCUGGAGCUAACAGACAUCGUGCCGAGAGAGACCAGCGAGUACGACUUCAUCGGUGCCCAGUUCAAGUUCUUCUCCUUCUACAACAUGUAUGUGGUAACACAGCGGGCAGAUUACGCCCAGAACCAGCUACUACUGCACCAGCUUUACCAGCGAUUCCACACUGUCCGCUACGUGCUGAGGGAGGAAAACGGGCAGCUUCCCCGCAUGUGGCUGCACUACUUGAGGGAUUGGCUGCUAGGUCUCCAGCAGGCAUUUGACAAAGACUGGGAGGCUGGCCGCAUAACCUUAAAUAACUACAGGAAUGGCUCUGAUGAUGGCAUCCUAGCAUACAAGCUGUUGGUGCAGACUGGACGCAGAGAAAAGCCCAUCAACUUUAAUCAGUUAACUCGCCAGAGGCUUGUAGAUGCAGAUGGGAUCAUCAACCCUGGAGCUUUCUACAUUUACCUGACAGCCUGGGUCAGCAAUGACCCUGUGGCCUAUGCUGCCUCACAGGCCAACAUCCGUCCACAGCUUCCAGAGUGGAUUCAUGACCGCACAGACUCUAUGCCAGAGACAUCCCUCAGCAUUCCAGCUGCAGAGCCCAUCGAGUACGCACAGUUCCCCUUCUACCUCAACGGUCUCCGCGAGACCCCACAGUUCGUGGAGGCCAUCGAAAGCGUGCGGGCAAUUUGCAGCAACUACAGCCUUCAAGGCCUGCCCUCUUACCCUAACGGGUACCCGUUCCUAUUCUGGGAACAGUACGUCAGUCUGCGCCAUUGGCUCCCGCUCUCCCUCAGUGUGGGGCUCGCCUGUACAUUUCUGGUGUGCGCCCUCUUCUUGCUUAACCCAUGGACGGCUGGCAUCAUAGUGUUGGUGCUGUCACUCAUGACUGUGGAGCUGUUUGGAUUCAUGGGGCUGAUGGGAAUAAAGCUCAGUGCUGUCCCUGUAGUGAUCCUCAUCGCCUCAGUGGGCAUUGGAGUGGAGUUUACCGUUCAUGUGGCCUUGGGUUUUCUAACCGCCAUAGGGGAUCGUCACAAGCGGGCAGUGCUGGCACUAGAGUACAUGUUCGCACCAGUGCUGGAUGGAGCCUUCUCUACCUUAUUAGGAGUGUUGAUGCUGGCUGGGUCUGAGUUUGACUUUAUCGUCAGGUAUUUCUUUGCCGUGUUGGCCAUUCUCACAGUUCUAGGAGUACUGAAUGGAUUAGUCCUUCUCCCAGUAUUGUUGUCAUGCUUUGGGCCUUACCCAGAGGUUUCACCAGUGGAUGGUUGUAGCCGGUUGCCCACACCAUCACGAGAGGCCCCUCCACACGUGGUCCAAUUCUCUGUCCGUCCUCACCACACCACCACCACGCCCACCACCACCUCCGGUGCUGCAUCAGACUCGUCUGACUCGGAGUACAGCUCCAACACCGCAGCGUCUGGUAUAAGCCAGGAGCUGCAAAACUACAACCCGUGGUCACACAGAGCAGAAGCUCGAGGGGAGGAGCUUCAGCACGACCUCCAGACCUGCAGAGCAGUGAGGCCUGAGGAGGACAGAAGAGACUCAGGGCACAGGUAUUCAAACCGACAACCUGAGCCUCCAACUUACACUGUGUCUUCGAGUUGUGACUCUGGGCCUCAGGUGGGAGCUUCUCAGCACAGCAGCAGCAACAGGAACUCUAAGCUGCAGUGGCAGAUCUUGCCCCCAGCCCACCCACGCACAGACACUUUUGAAACUUUUACUGAGGCUGGGAACCAUUAUGGCCCACGUGGCUGUAGAGGACACUCAAAGCGCCGAAGAGCUCGCAUUUCUCACAACCCGCAACCCAAUCAUCACCUCCUACAUCAUCACCAUAACACCACUCCAUACGGUCAACCCAUCACCACAGUAACGGCUUCCGCCUCGGUCACUGUUGCUGUUCACCCACCCCCCUUAGCCAACCACAACCCUUCCACCUCUUCUUACCCAGGAUACACUGCAACAGACAGUUACUGCUCUACAGGGCCUGGGGUAUCGGAAGCAGUUUUCCAUGAUCCCCAUGUGCCUCAGGACACCCAGACACGGACCAGAGGAGUCAAGGUGGAGGCCAUGGAGCUCCAAGAUUUGGAGUUGAGCUGAGAGCAGCUACAGCAUACAGGCCAGCUGAAGUGAGUUUACACUCUAUCGCAUUCCUCGUACUCUGGGUCACAUUUAUUAUAAUAGGGAAGUGGUAUUAACUUUGACAACGUAUUCUGAUUUCAUUUUAGUCGUAUGAUUAAAUAGUAACUUAGUCGUGGUACAAAUGUCGUCAUCCAAACAGUUUUUUACUUUAGUUUUUUGUCUAUGAAAGCAAAAAAAAUUGGAAAGUUUUUAAACUGUUAUUAAACUUAAUAAAC